CUUCAUAUUGAUGUAGUUUUUAUCCAAUGUAGAUCCAGGAUAUUAGUUGUUGUAGUAUGUCAACCUAUCCGCUAGUAGGCCCUUUAUGUGCAAGGUAAACGAGACAGUAUGGCGGAGGGGGAAAGUGAUUUGGAAACAGACAGGCUAGAAUUGGAACUGGAGACUUUGUACAUAUACUCUAACGACAAUUCUUCGGUACAAAGCAAAGAAUAUUGCUCCGAGUUUUGUAAGCUGGUAGAGGUGCACACAGGGAGAUGGCAGGUGCCGCUGCCCCAGCUGAAGGUGCUGCGGACGGCUCUGACCUGCUUCACCAGAGCCACUGUUGCCUACCCCGAUGACUGUCAGCACGUCUGUUAUGCUCUCAGCAGCUUGGCUUUGAGCUUCUUUGAGCUGAUGUUGUUCUUCGGGAAAGAGGAGUUCCUAGAGGCCCCCCUGAGGGACAUAUUAGCCUCUUUUCAGGCCUGCCAUCGCCGCCUGCUGAGACACAGGAACGUGUACCUGCUGCAGGUGAGGCAGAUCAUCAAAGAUGGCGGUCCCUGGGAGAGACCCGCUCUGCAAGCCAUCCUGAAAGACACAGCCCUCACACAGACAGAAGUGGAGAAGUAUUUGAGCUCAGAGAAGCCAGUGUUCUUUGAGCUGCGUGUGCGGUACCUGCAGUCCUGUGAGCGCGUGCAGGAGGCCAUGGCCCUGGCUAAGUGCUGCCUGGAGCACCCAGAGGUGUGGAGGCACCUGUUCUUCCACCAGGCCUACCUCACCUGCCUGUACAAGGCCUCACUACACCAACACCUGCACGAGGAGAUGGCUGAGAUAGAUGGCAGAGACGCAGUAGAGAUAAUCUGUAAUGCAGAGAGCCAGGAGAAAGAUGAGCUGCUGCUGUCUCUGUGCAAAGCCUUCCUCAACCAACAGCUACACAACGGAGACAUGUACUACAUCUGGGAUCUGGUGUUCUUGUGGAGCAGACUGUACCUCAGGGCCCAUCCCUCUAAGCAGGGAUUUCUGUCUGAGUGUCGCCAGCUGAUGGUCUUCGCCAUCAACGCCAGCGCCAUCUUCCCCUUCAUCAAAGUCAUCACAGCAGAGAUGGGUAGUGAGGGAGUGCCGUUGUGUGUGGAGCUUUGUGCUACAGCGUUACAGACAGACCUCCAGUCUGACCCUGUAACACGCUGUCUGCUGUGUAAGACCAUCGCCUUCCUGCUCCCCAGGGACCUGGAGGUAUGUCGCCUCUGUGCCCUGCUGGUGUUCUGCCUGGAACGUAGCAUGGAGGCCUACAAGACCAUGUAUCUGCUCUACACAUACCCCGAUGAGGAGCCACACCCCCAGCACACCCAUGUCAGAACCAACAUCCGCUUCUAUAUCCUACAGGUGCUGAAGGAAGGUCUGUUCUUUGACCCAGAGUUCUGGAAUCUGCUGACCCUGAGAACCCACUGUCUGGAGCUGAUGACUGACAAGGCCAUGAGGGAUGCUCUCAAUGAGCUGAAGGAAGAAGAGGAGUUGGAGCAGGUGGAGGAGGAGUGGAUACCAAGCUACUGGAUGGAGGAGGAGACAUGCAGGAUACACACAGACGCCUCCCACCUCCAACCACACACUAACACAGCACUGGAGAGCUCUGACACUGUAGGUCAGGAACCUGAAGAGGGAUUGAAUGGGGAUGCUCCUGAGUCACAGACAGAGGACUUCCCUGUGAGGAGGAGGAGGAGGAGGAGGAGGAAGAGGAGGUGGAGGAGGAGAAGAAACUGUAGGUCAGAUAUUGAGUAUGCUGACGACCCAGACAUUAAGUACUCCCUCAUUCACAAUCUCAGUUCUGAAAGCUCCACCAAGCUACCGGCCAAUCGGCAGAGAGAAUACCUGGCCAGACAUGUGAAGAACAAGAUCCUGAAGAGACGCAGCAGGAAACCAAGAUGGCUGCUCCUGGAGAUGACCAGACAGACGGAGAACAUGUCCCCAGGGGGAAUGAGGGAGAAGCGACGGGAGGGAAUGAGAGGAGAGGGUAAGAGACAGGGAGAGGAGGGGAAAGAGAGGGGGCAUGAAAAGGAGGAUAAGAGAGAGAUGAGGCAGGGAAGGGAGAGUAAGAGACCUUACCGUCGGACUAUAUCUGGCAUGGAGCUGUCCUUCCCUGAAAAUGAAGUGCCUGUUGACCAGGAAGUGGUAGAGAGUCAUCUAGAACCCAGUGUUCGUAUUAAACAACAGCACAGUGAGUCUGAGAAAUAUGUUAACAUGGGACAGCCUAAUGGUGUAUAUGGUGAGAGACCGUUUAAGUAUAAACCAGAGUCAGACGUAGAGACUUCGGUGGUGGAGCCUUCGGCAGGGGGGCCUUCGGCGGUGGAGCCUUUAGAAGUAGAGCCUYUAGAAGUAGAGCCUUUAGACGUGGAGCCUUUAGAAGUAGAGCCUUUAGACGUGGAGCCUUUAGAAGUAGAGCCUUUAGACGUGGAGCCUUUAGAAGUAGAGCCUUUAGAAUUAGAGCCUUUAGAAGUAGAGCCUUUAGAAUUAGAGCCUUUAGAAGUAGAGCCUUUAGACGUGGAGCCUUUAGAAGUAGAGCCUUUAGAAGUAGAGCCUUUAGAAGUAGAGCCUUUAGAAGUAGAGCCUUUAGAAGUAGAGCCUUCAGGUGUGAAGGUUUUAGAAGGUCCCAGUGAGCAGACUGACCCAGAGUUGGAUGGUCCAGCCUUGGAGAUGGAGGAGUGUCCACUGAAACUGUUCCACAUCUACGCCAAACUUUCCAAAGGGACAGCUGCUAAGGAACUACUUUCUAGAGAAAGUGAAUUCACAGUGACAGAGGCGGGAUCAGACUCAAACACUCAGGGUGAAGAGACUGAGCCAGGCAAGGCUCCAGUACGCUCCAAACACCUGCGCUUCCACUGCAGCCACUGCCAGAAACUCUUCAAGGGAGGCAACGUGGUGAGACACACCCUGGCMCACCUGAAGCUGAGAAAGACCAGGCUCAGCUGUGUCUUCUGCGGUAAACACUUCCAAAGGUACAACCGUGCCAAGGAACACGUUCURGAGCACAUAGAGGAACUGAGAACUUCCACAGCCAACAUUAAGGUCAAACCCGCUGUCAAUGGGGAGACAUAUUCCUCAAAGAAUAUUAAUCAAGCCUCAGAGAACGAAGCGAAACCCGUUGAGAACUUGACCGAGCCCUCGACUCCGACGGACCAGCCUCCUAAACCCAAACGUGUUAAAGCCAAGCCGGUGGUGAGUAAGCAGAGUAGAAUCAUCCAGAACCUGAGAAACCUGAUCAGAAAGACCCAGAAGUGUAAAAUGGACACGGACAACCUGAAGUCUGUGGAAGUGACUGAUGAACAGGUGACUGUGAAAGACAAAGUGGUGAUCGUGAGAGAGGUGGUGCCUGGGAAGGAGAGCGAGGGAGGAGAGGAGGAGGGGAAGCAGAAGCAGUACCACCUGUGUCCUUCAGAGGGCUGUGMCAGCAUCUUUAUGAAGAUCGGCCCAUCGCUGCUGAGACACGCUGUCACCUACCACAGGGAGGACGCAGCCGUCCUGGACAAGACCUUCCAGUGGGGGAAGGGGAAGUGCCAGAUCUGCCAGAGGCUCUUGUUGGUGAUUGAGCACUACAGAGACCACAUGAAGCUUCACGAUGCUCCUCUAAAACAUGCGUGUCUCCACACGAACUGUGGCCAACGCUUCAAGACUGCCCAGGAGCUCAAAGACCACAUAGACACCCACCGCCCUCUCCAGGCCCCCUGUGGGUACUCCGGCUGUAGGGAGAUCUUCUUUACCCUCCCCUCUCUCCACGACCACGAGUGGAGGCACUAUACCCAGCCCCAGUCUAAAGACGAGCUGGAGCAGGGCGCUACCACAGAGCUGAGCCCUGAGGGCGAGGCCCCCUGGAAACAGAGGGCGAAGGGCCAAGAUGUGACAGUGCACGGGUGGAGGGGGCAGAGGGAAACGCCUACUCCCAAAAGCAGGCGCUCUAAUCCUCAUGAGAAGUGCCUUCACUGUAACAGGUACCUGUGGAACCACCAGCACUUCCUAGAACACAUGAAGAUCCAUGAUGCUCCUCUGAAACAGGUGUGUCUCCACCUGAACUGUGGCCAGCGCUUCUCCAGAACCCACUUACUCUGGGAGCACAUGGAUACGCACCUGCCUUUCCAGGCCCCCUGUGGGUACUCCGGCUGUGGGCUGAUCUUCUCCCGCCUCCCCUCUCUCCAUGACCACGAGUGGAGGCAUUACAUCCAGGGCCAGCCUAAUGACGAGCCGACAGAGGGGCAGAGCGCUACCAAAGAGGAGGGGCAGACUCCGGAGUCAGACACCAACGGUAACGACUAUGACGGCCCAGUGGAGACUCCAGGCACUGUUCAUGGUGCUGUCACCACACCUCCUAAUCAUUGCACACUGAAACUCAUCAAUGGCCAUGAUGAAAAGGAUAAGAAAGACAAAGCCCCCAAGACAGCCGUCCCUGCCACCACUACCACCUCUCCCACACCCCCAUCCCAAACCACCACCCCCACACACCCCCAUCCCAGAAUCUUCCAAAACAUCACUGAGCCAAUGACUAUGAGGGACGUGGACAAUAUCGUCAGUUUGGCUCAGGUGGUGCCUGGCGGAGAGGAACCAGUAAUCGCGGAACACAAGACCUUCAAACUAGAGGAUCCUUCCUUCCUACCACUGGCCAAAGCUCCCCUCAUCCGCCCGCCCCCCUCUACAUACCUGACCGAGGCAGCCCUCAGCAUGCGCAAGCGCAGGAAGCCCAGCGAGGUCACUUCCUGCGGGCCUGGCAAAAAGAGUAAGGCUGCGGUAAAGAGGAGUGUGGUGGGGAAGAAGGAGAUGGUGGCUGAGGAGGAGGCCCCUCAAAGACAGCGCUGCUCCAAGUGUUUCUCCUCCUUCACUAGCACCGAGGAACUGGAGAAACACCUUUCCCAAAAUACCUGCUCCUUCCUCUUCAGCUUCGACUCCGAUGACGACAGUGAGUAGCGUACGUGGGAGUUUCUGUUCACUGAAUUUGUCAAACGGGGAGCUAGGGCUGUGACCAUUAUUACAUUUGGGGUAACGAUUAAUUGUCAUGCAAAUAUCCACUUAUCAUAAUUGUAAUUUGUUGAAACAUGUUUUGAGCUUGUAAUGUACCAUAAUGCAUCUUUGAAAAUGAGCUACGGUACACCUAAUGAAUAGAGCACAGCUUUAUAUCAAAAGGGAGAGAAUGUUUUGAAACAUGAACUUGGUCAACAAUUUUUCUACCAUAUACAAAAAGCAUAGUAAUGUGACAACUCUGUUUUGUAAAGCAAAUAUACAUUUUGUUCUAUUCCUUCCCAGGUUAGUGGUGAAGGGGAGUGAAAUGCUCUUCAUGUUCGAGCACUACAGAAACCAUAUGAAGCUCCACAAUGCUCCUAUCAGACAUGUGUCUCCACUUCUGUGUUUUAUCUGUACUCUGAACUGGGCCUAAUACAGGCACUACUAGCAGACAGUCGGCUCUGAGAGCUGUAGGGCCAGACUCGUGGCAGACUAAUACUUGCAGCCUGAAGUUUGCCGGGCACUAAAAAUACAAUCCUCACAAUCCUCUGGAAUCAGUGUUACUGCUACACUUCACUGUACAUACAUGUGGACCGAACAGUACUGCCUUUCAGUCAUUACACUUCUUUGUUCAAUUCUUAUUUGCUUUAAAAUCAGUAUGAAGAAUCACACUGUAGGUAUGGUGCUUCAAAAGUACUUCUAAUUGUAUUUUUAGCCAUAAGUUUUAGUUGGCACAUAAAAUCUAUAUUUUAGUUCAGUAUUUUAACUGAUUUUGUUUCUUUCAAAUUAAACUGUUUUACAAUGUAUUAGAAAUUGAUCUAUGCAUUUAUUUUGUAAAAGAGUCCAAAUGCAUUUGAAAAUAAAAAUCACUGUUGAAGAGCCCAUAAUGGGAUGAAUAUAGUGAUGUGCACUUA